CCUCCAGAUCCUCCGGCGUUAUGUGUCCUUCCUUGGGCAUGCGCAGUGCAAUCUCUUGCUGCUGCUUGCCGGAGAGGGGAUCAGCGCUGAAUGAACGAGCACGUUUGCUUGUGUACCGAGGCGCAUAGACCGGCUGCUCUUCUUCCCCUCCACAUACACAGAGGCAGGCGGUGACCCACACUUUAUCCAGUGGGCCCAGUGCCAGAUGCGAUGCCAGGCUAUAUAAUUGCAGCGGGGGUAUAGAGGGCCGGCAUGCCGGUCAUUAGAGUGCCUUACAUGUAGUCCUGUACCGCUGCGCACCCACUGACGGGGACAAUGACCGCAUCAGCAUCCCGCUCAUGUGCCGGGACUCCGCACAGAUGCCCGAGGCUGGCGGAAGUGGCACAGGAUGAGCUAGGUAAACCUGGCACUUGACACCUGACUGCAGCAGCUGCUACGCCGAGUACAGCGCUGUUAUUGUCGGACACGCUGCGAGCAAAUCAUGGCUCAGCCGGGCUUCACCUGGCACCAUCAUCACAUCCCGACGGUCACCCGAGCUUACACUGGUGCCUGCCUGCUCACCACUGCCGCCGUGCAAAUGCAGCUCAUCACUCCAUUCCAGCUUUACAUCAACCCUGACCUAAUCUUCAGAAAGCUGCAGGUUUGGAGACUGGUAACCAACUUUCUCUUCUUUGGACAUAUGGGUUUCAGUUUCUUUUUCAAUCUGAUUUUUGUGUACAGAUACUCCAAAAUGUUAGAAGAAACUUCUUUUAGAGGUCGCACAGCAGAUUUUGUAUUUAUGUUUCUAUUUGGAGGACUCCUCUUAACUCUUUUUGGUAUGUUUACCGGCCUCUCAUUCCUUGGCGAGGCAUUCACACUAAUGCUGGUAUAUGUUUGGUGUCGUAGAAAUCCUUUCAUUCAAAUUAACCUCUUUGGUCUUCUGACAUUCCGGGCCCCUUUCCUCCCCUGGGUACUUAUGGGGUUAUCCCUAAUAAUGGGUGCUUCCAGCCUCGUUGACUUUUUGGGCAUUAUAACGGGACACAUUUACUUCUUUCUAGAAGACGUUUUUCCAUACCAACCCGGAGGAAAAAAGCUGUUAGUUACACCGGCAAUUUUAAAACAAAUAUUUGAUGAUUCUGAAGCGGAUCCCAACUACAACCCACUUCCAGAGGACAUUGCAAACAACCGGCAUAAUGACCCACCAGCUGACCAGGACUAAAAUGUGCUAGUACGGAACACAAGAUUCCUGUCAACAUUGAUAAUAUAUGGUAUCUUGCAAUAAAAGCUUUCAGGAAGAUAACAAAAAA